AUGACGACAGAGGAUACUUAUAUUUUUGGAUAUGGUAGUUUGGUAUGGAAAAAUAAUGAUUUUGAGUUUGAAACCAAAAUACCAGGCUUUAUAAAAGGAUUUAAACGAAGAUUUUACCAAAAUUCUAUUGAUCAUCGUGGAGUUGUAGAGAAACCAGGAGCUGGAUGUGAUGCAUCAUGGGAAGAUAUAGAGAGUGCUAUAAUGAAUGGUGGUGUCAACUUUAGCGUUAGAUAUAUUGGCUGUAUUGAGAUUACAGAAAGUAUGAAACGAUUGGACUUUCAAUCACGAUCGCUCGUUGCUAAGGAAUGCAUCAAUCGUGUAUGUGAUUUCGCAAAUUUGAGACCAAUGAAGAAGCGGAGAGUCGAAAAAAGGAUACAGCAAGUAAUCAACAAUCAGCCUUGUAUGGAACAUACUGGUACAAAUGUUAUUCUCAACAUAUCGUCUAGCUGCUUACAACUCACAAAUUCCGAUACAAAUGAAAUUAUUGCGAAACAUGAUAUGCCGAGAAUUUCCUUCGCAAGUGGAGGAGACAGUGAUUCAGUAAAUUUCGUCGCUUAUGUUGCCAAGGAUUUGAUGGAAUGGAGAGCUUGUUAUGUACUCGAUUGCGGUAGUGGAAAGGCUCAAACAGUCAUUUCAACAAUGGGCCAAGCAUUUGAAUUACGCUACAAAAACUUUUGCAACGACGAUGCAGAACGAACGCAUUCAUGGAAGAGACAUCAGAAGCCAGAAAUACAGCAUAGCCCACCAGCACAAAAGUGCGAACAAGAGUAUUACAACGAUUUACCUGACAAGGUUCCACCACAGCUUGAGGAAUUACCUGAGAGACGACGUGAACGAUUGACUAGUAACUUAAUUGAUUUGGGCGAGCAUAAUGAUUAUGUUAAUGAUGAAGCUGCAUUUCCACAAAGUAAUAAUAACAACAAUACUAAUAGUAAUAAUAAUAAUAAUAAUAAUGCGACAUUUUCGGAUGUCUUUAACUGUCCAUUUGACACGACACCAUAUAAAUUAUCAGCAGAACUUCAAUAUUCACAGUUGUUGAUUGAAAAUUGGUUCCACGGACCAAUUUCUCGAAAUGAGGCUGAAUUAUUUCUUAAAAAUGACGGAGACUUUCUAGUAAGAGAAUCUCAACAGCCUGGACAAUUUGUUUUGUCUGGAUUGAAUGGAACUCCAAAGCAUUUGCUAUUAAUUGAUCCACAAGGCAUUGUACGUACAAAAGAUAGAAUUUUCGAGAGCAUUACACACUUAAUAAAUUACCAUUGGUCAAACUGCCUCCCAAUUAUAUCUUCUGAUAGUUGCUUGCUUCUUCGUACGCCUGUCAUUCGAACUACUGAUUUAAGGGAAUGAACUGAAUAUUAAGUAUCAUACUUAUGCUUAUGGAUUUGUUUGUAAGUCAGGAAAUUCAUACAUGAGCGAUUUUAAUCUUAAAUUGCAAUACUACAAAAGAAUUAAACAAAUUAUUAUGAUUCCAAAUUUUAA